AUGUUAUUUUCAGACUCUGGGCUGAGCACCCAUACAGUUCCAUCAACUAGUACUCCCACUGUGAACAUCAACAUUCCUUUAAAUGAUUCAAGUACAGAGUCUUCAAAUUCAGUUAAUGAUGAUGAUGAAGUUACAGGUAUGACACCAAGACCUCUUCUUCAAAGGAUCUCCUGCAAAAAAUAUUUUAACCAAUUAGAUUUCUGAACAGCUUUAAAAAUGAAUUAAUCAAUGUCCCACUAAUAUUUAGGUCCUUUCUUAGGUCCAUCCUCAAGACCAAUGCAAAUUGACUCUGGAACACAACACAAUCCUGUUGAACCUACUAAUCAAGGUUAAGCUUCGUUAAGGUCAUUUACUGUACUUUAUAAUUUUUAGUCAGGCUAAUAGUAUUAACACUAUUUCUUUUAUCAAUUACAGGUGGUACUAGUAAAACAUCUAAUUAUGCUAAGCAGAAAAAAGUGAACAAGGUUUAUGCUCGGCAGAAGAAAAGAAUACAACGACUCCGUAAAGCUUUAAAUAUGAAAAAGAAGAAAAGCAACAACAUAGAUAAGCAUACCAUAUUAGAGGCUCUUCAGACCAUGCUACCAGAAAAUAUUGUAACAUUCAUCUCACUCCAGAUAGACUUGCACAAGAAAAAGAAUAAAGGGCAACGAUACAGUCCUGAGAUGAAAUCAUUCGCUCUUUCCCUUUAUUACAUCAGUGGAAAGGCGUACAAAUUGUUGUCGAAAUUCUUCAAGCUUCCAUCCAAAAGUAGUCUGAUGAAAUGGGUAGCUGCAUUUCCAACUGCUCCAGAACUGACCCCAGCUGCAAAGGAAGUUCUAGCCAGAAAAGUCAACAUUAUGAGCGAGUCCAGUAAGUUGUGCACUAUCACAAUGGAUGAGAUGGCCCUUAAGGCUAACCUGUUGUAUGAUCCUGGUAAAGAUCAAGUCAUUGGUGUUGAAGAUUUUGGUAAGGGAGAGAGAAGCAGCCUCAUUGCAACAUCUGCACUAGUCUUCAUGGCCCGUGGUAUAAAUGAAAACUGGAAGCAGCCCCUGGGAUAUCUUCUAGUCCAUGAAUCCUGCCCCAGCGAUAAGAUCAAAGCUAAGUUGUUGGACAUGAUUGAUGAAGUAACAUCAAUUGGACUCCAUGUUACAACUGUUGUUUCUGAUUUGGGCUCCAAUUUCCAAAAGAUGAUUAAAAGCCUUGGCAUUACACCAACACAACCAUGGUUUUGGCACAAAGGUAGAAAGAUCUUCUAUGUAUUUGAUCCACCACACAUAAUAAAAGCUGUCCGAAACAACUUGAUGAAAUAUAACUUUCAUUUUGACGAAAAAUUGGCUUCUUGGGAUCACAUACAAGUAGUGUACAACAGAGAUCAACUACAACCCAUACGCUGUUGUCCCAAGCUCACACAAAGGCAUUUAAAUCCUAAUGGUUUUGAGAAAAUGAAGGUCAAGUAUGCCACACAAGUCCUCAGCCAUACAGUUGCAUCAACGCUUCUAACAUAUGUGUCUCUUGGUGCAUUACCACCAGUUGCUUCAGGAACAGCUGAAUUGCUUUCAAACUUUGACAAUAUUUUUGACAGUCUAAACAGCUCAUCACUCUCUAGCACAAAGCUAUACAAGCAAGCUAUAUCAAAAGAUUCCCCACACCAAGAAUUCUUGGAACAUAUGCUAAAGUUUGUUAAAUCCAUAAAGGUGGUUAAUCCAUCUAAUCAAGAAGAUGUUACAAACAAAUUGCGAUGCCUCAAAGGUCUCCAAACGACAAUCAAUGGCGUGUUGGCUCUGUGGAGCGAUCUGCAAGAAAACCAUGCAAGGCAGUUUCUGAUGACAAGGCGUUUGAAUCAAGACCCUCUGGAAAAUUUUUUUGGCCUCAUCAGACAGCAAGGUGGCAAUUCUGACAAUCCAACACCUCAUCAAUUUACUAAAGCUUUUCGAAAACUUUUCUUCGACAACUACCUGUCUCCACUGCCAUCAUUCAACUGUUCUGCUGAUUCAGACACAUUUCUGGUGACCAUGAAGGACCAAUCCAGCUUGUCAGCCUUGUCAGAUCCUUGUCCAGGUACUCAAAAGAACACCAAGAAAGGACCUGUAAUCGACGAGAAAGACUACAAGCGUGAGGAAGUUGAGAAGAAUUUAAUGUCCAUGAAUGCACUGACGUAUGUUGCAGGAUACCUACUGCGAAAAUGCCUGGGCAAACACAAAUGCCUUACUUGUGCACAGAAGCUUACCAUGACCAGCCUGACCAACAGCAGCCAGCUACUGUGCUAUUUUAAAGCUUAUGGAAACAAGAGUGACUUUGGAGGACUGACUGUUCCUCAAGAUGAAUUUAUUCAGUAUGUCACUAAAAUAGAGAGCAAAGUUGUUGAUGAAAUUAGUUGUAAUAUCCAAAGAUCAAAAAUUGCAGAGCACAUAAUUGCAAAAUUGCCAAAGUUUUGUGUAUCAGAGUGUCCUUAUUUCCCAAGCAUGUACCUCAUUGAGUUAUUUGUGAAAAUGC